CGAAACAUGUCGGAAUCUGAGACAACAACGAAGGAACCCCCUGAAGGAAAUGACUCAGAAACACCAACAGCGUCCGUACCUGGACCAAGUCAAGUAAAGGAAGAUAAUGCAGCAUCCACCACAGCUGCUGUCCCCAAGAAGACAGAGCACAUGGGUGGUAUUUCAUCAAUGUUGUCAUCUCUGCAACCUGGGAAGGACUCUUCCAAAGCUGGUGAGGCGGGGGAAAAGUGGUUACCUGCCUCCUCCCCUAGCAAAACAGCAGCAGGACACGCAGUAAAGUCCAUUUCAUCAUCGUCCCCUUCUCCUUCGACGUCUUCGACAUUGUCCCCUGGUAGAGCUAAGAUGAGUGUCUCUGGACCCGGCAGUAGUAAAUCCGUUCUGGCACCUGCUCCCUCCCCAUCCUCCUCUUCUUCCUCUUCUUCCUCUUCUUCGUCAUCUGCCACAGCUUCCUCCUCUCCUUCUGUCUCCCCUCCUCCAACAAAGAUUCAUCGGGCUCGAAAAACCAUGAACAGGCCUGCACCAGGGCAGGUCAGCCACACUGAAGCACCUGUGACACCUUCAGGAUCCUCUGAAAUUGAAACAGCUGCAAAAAGGAGGAAACUUGGACAUUUAUCUGACAUGCCAGAAAAAUCAGAGAACAUUCCAGAAAAUGCUCAAACUGUGGAAGAACCGUUAUUUCAUAAAAAAGUGGAGACUGUUACCAAGACUGCACCAGAGAGGAGCAACAGCAGUGAGGUGAAACUAAAGCAGGAACUAGCUGAGAAAACUCUGAUAUCCAGUCUGUCAAAGCAAGAUUCAGAAAAGUUCAAAGAUGGUGGGGCAGAAGCAAAGCAGCAAAGUAAAGAAAUAGAGGGGUCUGUGAACAUGUCAGAUCAUAGUUCAGAGUCUGAAACAAAGAGAACUGUCCAGAGUAAAAACGAGUCUUCGUGGCAGCAGUCACACCAGGAAAAAGAGAGAAACUCGGCGGACGUGGUUGAGACAGUGGGAGCAGGAAGAGCCACUGAGUACACGGAGGUUCCUCUGGGUGCUCUGGACAUCGCUGCUGCCGACAGUCUGACUCUUUCUCCUCAUCAUGAAGGAAGUGAAGCAGGAGACACUGAGCGGCUGGAGGAGCUUCCUCUCUGCAGCUGCAGGAUGGAGGCUCCUCGGGUGGACAGCAGCAGCCACCGCAUCAGCAGACAGUGUAUGGCUACUGAAAGCGUCAAUGGAGAGCUGAGGGCUUGUACCAGUCGGACCAUGAAAGGGGAGACCAUGCGUCCAUCCAGUCGGGUGCCCCUCAUGGUGCUUUGUGAGGCCCACCGCUCACACAUGGUCAAACACCACUGCUGUCCUGGGUGUGGAUACUUCUGCCUAGCGGGCACUUUUCUCGAGUGCUGCCCAGACCAGCGUAUCGCUCACCGUUUCCACCGCGGUUGUGUGACAGUGCUGGGCGGUGGCCGCAGCAGAUCAAACGGCGGUGGCGGCAUGCUUUUCUGUCCCCACUGCGGGGAAGAUGCCUCUGAAGCCCAGGAGGUCACCAUCCCCUCUUUCAGCUCGGCCACAGCCUCUGCAACCACAGUCGUCACCAUGUCUGCUUCCUCCACAACUACCCCGUCACUGCCACCAUCCGCCCCAACUGCACCGUCACUCACAGCCUCAACAGGAGGAAUGAAGGAUGGGAAGAUGCCAGAGAGGCCUGUCAGUGCACGUAUACACAGUCAUGGUUUGGUGACACUGGCAAUGGAGCAGCAGCCUCCGCAGCCUGUAGCCUCUGCAGCAACUGUGGCCACCCUCCCCCCAGCAGAGGAGGGAGUGGACAGCGUGGGGCCCUCCCUCUGUAUGCCAAAUGGGAAACCUAUCAGCCCCAGUGCACUCCCACCUGGGCCCAGCAGGGCGGCGCUGCAGAAGGCCAUCCUCACACAGGACACUGAGAGGAGGAAGAAACUGAGGUUCCACCCCCGCCAGCUUUACCCGGCUGCUAAGCAGGGAGAGGUGCAGAGAGUCCUGCUCAUGCUGAUGGAGGGCAUAGAUCCAACAUACCAGCCUGACUCUCAGAACAGACGCUCUGCUCUCCAUGCUGCAGCUCAGAAAGGCCUGCUGGAAGUCUGCUACAUUCUCCUACAGGCCGGAGCUCAAGUUGAUGCCCAAGACAAGGACCGGAGGACCCCUCUGUUUGAAGCGAUCAUCAACAACCACAUUGAGGUGGCCCACUACCUGGUCAAGAACGGGGCCUGUGUCUAUCAUGUUGAGGAGGAUGGAUACACUGGCCUCCACCACGCAGCCAAACUGGGAAACCUGGAAAUUGUCAGCAUGCUGCUGGAAACAGGGCAGGUGGAUGUCAACGCACAGGACACAGGGGGCUGGACGCCCAUAAUCUGGUCUGCAGAGCACAAACACGUAGAUGUGAUUAAAGUGCUGCUGAACAGAGGCGCUGAUGUCACCAUAAGUGAUAAAGAGCUGAACGUGUGCCUCCACUGGGCAGCGUAUGCAGGGAAUGUGGAUAUAGCAGAGUUGGUCAUGAACUCUGGCUGCUCCCUAGCUUCAGUUAACGUGCACGGAGACACGCCGCUUCACAUCGCCGCCAGAGAGGGCUUCCUGGAAUGUGUUACGUUGUUCCUGUCCAGAGGUGCAGACAUUGACAUUGUGAACAGGGAAGGAGACACGCCUCUCAGCCUCGCUCGGCCCGACACGCCGGUGUGGGUCGCCCUCCAGAUCAACAGGAAGCUGAGGAGAGGAAUAACCAAUCGAAUGCUUCGGACUGAGAAAAUCAUCUGCAGUGACAUUGCACAGGGCUAUGAGAACGUCCCGAUUCCCUGUGUGAACGCAGUGGAUGACGAGGGCUGUCCGUCAGACUACAAAUAUGUUUCAGAAAACUGUGAAACUUCAGCAAUGAACAUAGACCGCAAUAUUACACACUUGCAGCACUGUAGCUGCACUGAUGACUGCUCGUCUAGCAACUGCCUCUGUGGACAGCUGAGUAUCCGCUGCUGGUACGACAAGGACCAGCGACUGCUCCAGGAAUUCAACAAAAUUGAGCCUCCACUAAUAUUUGAAUGCAACAUGGCAUGUUCCUGUUACCGAACAUGCAAGAACAGAGUGGUACAAGCAGGCAUCAAAGUUCGUCUUCAGCUCUACAGGACGGAGAAGAUGGGCUGGGGUGUUCGAGCUCUGCAGGAUAUACCCCAGGGAAGCUUCAUCUGCGAAUAUGUUGGGGAGCUCAUCUCCGACGCAGAGGCCGAUGUUAGAGAAGACGACUCCUACCUGUUUGACCUGGACAACAAGGAUGGUGAGGUGUAUUGCAUUGAUGCCCGGUACUAUGGCAACAUCAGCCGCUUCAUCAAUCACCUGUGUGACCCGAACCUCAUCCCAGUGCGUGUGUUCAUGCUGCACCAGGACCUGAGGUUUCCCCGCAUCGCCUUCUUCAGCUCCAGAGACAUCCUCAGCGGACAAGAGCUGGGAUUCGACUAUGGAGACCGAUUUUGGGACAUUAAGAGCAAGUACUUCACCUGUCAGUGUGGAUCAGAGAAAUGCAAGCACUCAGCCGAGGCCAUCGCCAUCGAGCAGAACAGACUGGCUCGACUGGAGGCUUGCCCAGAAUCAGGAGCUGACUGUGGGAUGAGCAUGCUGGGAAACUCUUAAAACACUUACCCAAGGGGCCUUUGGAUUAACCUCAUCCACUUGACAUGUGAACAUUCGCAAAGAAAAUCAUGUAGUGUGUUAAAUCAUGUUCUUGAUCUAUGGUGCUGUUUUUCAACUUGACAUUUUCUUCUCUUGCUCCAAAACUUGCUAUCUGACAGAUGAUCAUGUCACCUUUGGUAGAGAACAUGGGCCUUUAUAUAUAUUUUUAAAGUGUGUAUGUGAGAAACAACCAUUUGUGAUUCUGUACAUACAGUAUGUCUACUGUAUAUCUUUUCUGUUUCAUUAGCUCAUGAUGUUUUUGUGCUUUACAAGUCAUAAAACUGUCAUUUAUCUUCUGUUGUGCCAACUAACACUUUGUAUUUUUACCACAGUACAGUUUUGGGCCAAUCCUUUAGCCCAUACUGGACUCUUUAAGGACCUGAGGGAUUAUGAUGUUUUUGGAUGGUUGUCGUAGCUUUGUUUUCUUUAUUUUUAUACGCAUUAUUACCACAUUUAGUUUAAUAAAUUAGCUCAUGAGUGGAUCUUUGGGCUCUUUUAUUGAA